GGAGCAGGAGGUUAUCGAGGGAGAAGAGAACUCAUUCCCUCAAGUUACCCGCUGUCGUCUUUACGGUGGACUUUAGACUACAGAGCCUCAGACUCGCUGGGUCCAAUCCAUAACCGAAUCAGCAACACACGCUUCUUCCCACACACACACACACACACACACACACUCACACCUCCAUCGCUUGGGCGCUCCAAACAGUCCAUAGUGACCAUGUCUCUGAGGCUGCUGCCUGCCUUCGCCAUGGACAAUGACGACGACGACGACGGGAACUUCACCAACUGGAUGAGCAGCUACUGGGGCCACGGAUCGGAGGGCCACGCCGCCAGGGAGAACAAGAGGAGCUUCAGGAAGACCUCCAGGUCCCAGACAGACCGGCGGGCCUCUCUACCCUGCGUGUCCCAGCUAGACGCCGUGAGGCUCUCUAGGCUCCACGCCGGUGCCUUAGGGGCCUCAGCCUCUGUCCACAGCAGCCGACCGGGCGGGGAGAACCGCGACGGGGCCCGGCCCCCCACCAGGGCCCGACGCGCCUCGUCCGACGAAAUCAGCCGCGCCCACGUGGUCAUCCCUGAGAGCCGAAUCCCCACCAUACCCACCAUCCCGGAGCUCACAGAGUCCUUCGACAAGAGAUUCUCUCUGGGGAAGAAGACCCAAGUCUCCCUGGUCAACAGUCUACCUGCUGUAGGCAUCCUGAGCAAGACCCUGUUGGAUAGAGGCCUCAGCUAA